CGAUCGAGUGUUGCUUCGAUAGCCUUCUUGGGUAUUUCGUUCGCGCCGAAACAAAACAACAUUUGAGUGUCCCUUGCCUGUGAUUAGUGUCCUUUUUCUGUGUUUUGUGUUUUUUUCGAUGGACGAGAAGCGCUACUUGAAGCGAAAAGAAAAGGCUCGUAGCGAUGGAAACCGGGACCAGUUGGCCGAUUGUUGCAAUCAGUUGGGUGACUUUUAUAACCAGCAGGGAAAGUACAAUGAGGCGGUCAAGGAAUACAAACAGGAGGCCCAGAUUUACGCCAGCAUGGGCAAGGAGCUGGAAACGGCGAAGGCCAAGCGGAUGGUCGGCGAGAUGUUCACCCUGCUCUGCGACUAUGACGCGGCCAAGGAUCAUAUAAAUGACUACUUAAAAAUUGCUAAGCGUUUAAAGAAUCAAGUGGAGGAGCAACGGGCAUAUGCUACCCUAGGCCGGGUGCAUCUAUUACAUGGACAGAGUCUGGCUGAUAGUUCGGCUUCGGGUGCCAUGGAGCAGCUGAAACAGGCGGAGAAAAGCUUCCUACGCAGCCUGCUUCUCAUAAAAGAACUUUCGGGUCAGAUUUCCAAGCUGGAGCAGCUGGAUAUGCAAGCUCGGUGCUAUCUAAACAUUGGUGUGGUGAAAGAGCACAUGGAGGAGUUCGAAGAGUCGAUUGAAUACAUUGAGAAAGCCAUUAAAAUCAGCAAAACCCAUGAAUUGUUCGAUCUGACCCACUUGUGUUUCAUUUCGAUGAGUUUGCUGUUCAAUUGCAAAAAGAAUGAUGCAACCUCAGCACUGCGCUACUGCAACAUGGCUUUGGAAGUGGCCAAAAGGCUCCCCAAUAAGGUUAAGAAGAUCUGCGAGACAUUAAUCACAAAGGCAGAGAUCCUUAUCAAGGCGGGUGACUUUGCCAGCGCCAAGCAGAUCCUCACAAAGGCCUACAAGAAGAACACUCCAGACGAGAAUGAUCGUACCAGUAUUGAGAGGCAGCUUAGGAUUGUGGUUAAGAUCUGUCAGACUCUGGAUGACCUGGUUGUUGCUAGUUCUGUAGAUUAUGGAAAACUGAAGAACCUAUACGAGAGACUAGGCGAUGGCUGUUGCCAUCUAAUGAAUUACGAGAAGGCCUUGGUUUACUACCAAAAAAUGCUGGAGAAUGCAGAGCUGAACCAGGAGAGCGGCAAAAGUCUAGUCCCUAUCUAUGUGAGCUUAUAUCAAACGUAUCGCGACAGUGGGCAGUACGAUAAGGCCCUGGAGUAUCUGUGGAAGGAGUACGAAGUCAACCAAGAUGUUCCCUCGGAGGCCUUCACCACCCUGUGUACCAUUGCGGAAGUGUGUGAGGAGCAGGCGCAACCCUUUUGGACCGUCCAUGAUAUUUACCAAAAGGCCCUCCGGCAGGCGGAGAAAGCUGGCAGCUCCUCAGCCAAGCUGGAAAAAAUAGCGCUGGUGCGAUUGAAGAAGUUGGAACAAAAACACAAUAUGCAUGUCCUGGUGGAAAAUCUCGAGGCAGAGGCCAAAGCCAAGGGUAUUGAUUUAAGCGACGAAACGGACCAGGACGAUGAUGAUGAUGAAGGAGAGGGAGCUGUGCAGCAAAACACUCCCGAUUGGGACGAUGAUUUCGACUUGAACACGCUCACCGACUCCGAUGCCAGUGAUUCCGAUGAGACCGAAAAGCAUCGUCCAGAGCGAACUACUCGUGGAGUUAGGUCGUUUACAAUCAAAAAGAAUAACAAGGGAGAGACUCAGUUGCACCAGGCCUGCAUCUCCGGCAACCUAGAGCUGGCCAGACGCCUCAUCGACCAGGGCCACACGGUGAAUGUAAGAGAUCAUGCUGGGUGGCUGCCGCUUCACGAGGCAUGCAAUCACGGCUUUCGCGAGAUUGUGGAGCUUCUGCUGGAUAAAGGAGCCGCGUCUGCCAUCAACGAUAAGGGAGGAACAAGCUGCGAUGGCAUUACCCCCUUGUUCGAUGCCUGCUCUAAUGGUUUCCUGGACGUGGCUGAGCUGCUGCUGGACCGCGGAGCGGAUGCCACUGUGCGAACUGAUUACAACGAGACCUGUAUCGAAGGCCUGGACAAGUGGCGCGAAUCUGCCAAGUUGGUGGAUGGAGAGCAGGCGCAAUAUGCUCAACUGAGGGAACGUCUGCACACUCUCUCCAAGGUGGGGAUCUGCAAUGACAAGAAUGCUCGUCCUCUGACCAAUGCCAACGUGAAGCGAUCCAGUAGGGCCGAAAGAGCCAUAUCAUCCGAUGAAGACGAAGAGCAGGCUCUCCGCGAAAGCCACAGGCGCUCCCUCAGCCACAACCGCUCGGGGAGUGAAUAUGGCCCCAAGAAGUCCAGCAGUACAAGUCAACCGAACGCCAGUAAGGAGUACCGCAGUGUGAUGGCCCAACUGAAGCGACCCAAUCGUAUCUCCGACGAACCGCCCAUCAGUAGCAGUAUUACCAAGCAGAAACGUAACGCAUUCCUGGACGAGGGGGAGGUAGAUGCCGACAAUUGGCUGAUCGACGAUGUAGGACCCGAACGUAAACGGAAAAGGAUUAAUUCCGGAAACCUUAGCACUCGUCCCGCCAAGGAAAAUCUCCAAGACUCGGUCUUGUCCCUUCCAUCCACUUGGGACGAUGACUCGUUCCUGCCCAUACCGGAGCUGGAUGCUUCCCAGCGACAAAAACAGAUGCGAAAGCUGACUCUCUCCCGUUCCUCCAGUAUGAGCAGCAAUCACAGUAGCUCUGAUGCUCCUGCGAGAAAAAAUCAUCAGUCUACUCUCAUGGACAGUGGAUUCAGUCGGUUUCGCAGCGAGAGUCCCUUGGGCAGUGAGUCCUCGGCCAUCAGCUUGCGCACCAUAGAACCCGACUCCACCACAAACACCAUUCAAGUGCUCAUCUCUCCGGCGAAAUCAUCGCCCAUAAAAAUUCAAACCACACCUGUUAUGGCCACCACCGUUUCGUUUAAAGUUAAAGUCCAGGAUGAGCUAUUGCUGGUUCCCAUAGAGCGCAAGAAGCUGCAAGACAUCAACAUGCGAUGGUUGGCGGAAGAGGCAGGAAGGAGAUACAAUAAGUUGACUGGCUUGACACCUCUAUUACGUUUGAAGACGGCGGAUGGCUUUGCUUAUGAGGAAACGGAUCCUGUAAGCGUAGCUUUGGAGCAGAACAUGCUACUGGCCACCAUUCUGGAUUGGAAAAUCUCCCCGCUUUCACAAAGAUAUGAAGAGAUGUGCCACCAAUCACAAAAGGUUGUAGACAACAAGGUCAAAGUACUUUUGGAACGCUCCCAGAACACGCAAAUGCUAGAACUCUCUGGCCUUUGGAUGCGGGCCCACCAAACGGAGCCAAUUUUUAAGGCCCUGAUGCAUCAGGCUCGACUAACUGUCUUGGAUCUUUCCCGCAAUUGUAUUGGAAACGAAGGAUGUCAGCAGUUGGCCAAGUCACUACCCACGCUUCUUCAACUCAAAGCCCUGAGGCUGCAAUGCAAUGCGAUCGGCUCUCAAGGCUUGGAGGCUUUACUUUGCGGUCAUGGCGUGGAGAAACUAGAGCUCUUGGAGGAGCUUCAACUCAGCCAGAAUCCGUUGGGAAACUCCAGUCUUAGGAUACUUAACAAAUUCUGUGGCAGUCCAGCUGGUCGUGCCUUGACUUCACUGCAGAUAUCCCAAUGCGAGCUGACGGAGCUGCAGGAUUUCGACUUGGGUUUCAAUCAACUGACCCGUUUCGAUAUGAGCUUCAACCAACUCACCCAGCAGAGCGUUCGCCGGCUGACUGAGCAGCUUAAUAGUUGCCGCUUGGAAUACCUGAAUCUUAGCUACGUUCGGUGGCCCCUGGAUAACGACAGUGGCUUCGCCUUGGGCGAGGCUUUGGUUACCCUUCUGGAGGGCGGCACUUGCGAACGAUUCAUCCGCGUGGAGCUCGCUGGUUGCGGGCUGUCGGAUGCCCAUCUGUACAAGAUAUGCCAGCACUUGGGAAAAGCCAAGCAACUCCAGUGGCUGGAUAUAAGUGAUAACGCCCGAUUGAGUGGCACCGCCUUUGGUUACAUUUUGGAUGAACUGCCUCAAUUAAGGACACUAAUUGCUACGAAUUGUACGAAUCUUCUGGAUGAUACGCGCCUUCAGAAACUCGAGGGACAAAAGCAGCUGCCGAAGCGCCUGGAGUUGACCGUCGAUGGGCAGGUGUUCUCCAUGCCUGGUGCGUUGGAGACUCUUGAAUCCAUUUGGCAGCUGCAGUUUGGCGACAAGGCCAAGAUGCUAACCCUAUCCAAGAGGAGAACGGGCCGAAGAUACAAAGGAAUCCUCAAACUUCUGGCAGAUGAAAAUGAUAUUUAA